AUGUUAUCAGAAAAAUGCACUGUAGAUUUGCCUGUCAAAGUUUGUAAUUUUGAUCUGCUGCUGACGCUGCAUUAUAACGAUAGUCGUGUUAAAUAUAAGAAAACACUUAUUUUACGUUCUUUAUGUGGCAGCAGUCAUACUAAACAGUAUCACAUUGCUCUGUCUUUGAUUGAAGCACUCGAUAUAAUCAAAACACAUGAAAUUGAAAACACUGUUCGAUUUAGUACCAUAUUCUCAACGAAAGACUUUGGAUCCACUGAUAUUGUAAAAUUAAUUCCAGAUUUAAGAAAGAAAAAACACAAGGUUUACUGGUCAAGUGAUGGAGUAAAGUUUUCCGGUUUGCCAUUUAUGUUUGUUGGAACAAAAAUUUUGGAUUGUCAUUACGGAAAAGAUAGGAACCUAAAUUUGAAACUAUCAGUUAAAGAAAAAAGAGGAAAGGAACUGCAAAACGAUCAUGGGUGUAGAAGGAAACACACUCGGGUUCAAGAUUGUAAAAAGUUUGAUUGUCCGGCACAAGUUAUCAUCACAGAAAUGAUAGAAUUUCCAGAGUAUCCGGUUGUAAAUGACACGGUGCGUAACCGGAAAAAGAAAUCCGCAGACCUUCGAACUGAUAUAUCUUCAGGAAAACAGAUUAAACAAACUUGCAAAUUUCUCGUUAGUAUUCCUGAUAUUAGCAGUCAUGAAGGUCAUAUAGUAACAAAGGAUUCCGGUAUAACCCAAAAAAUAGAUUCAGAAAUUGUUUCCAAAAUCGAUAUGUAUGUAAAGGAAGGUGUCACGGACACGAAAGAUAUGAAAAGAUUGUUGAAAAUACAUGUCAAGAAAGAAAUGUUUAAGGAAACAAAACUGCCAGAACCAUCAAAUAAAAGAUUUUACCCACGGAAUGCAACAAUACGUAACCAUGUAACUCAUAUUAGAAGAAAGUUGUGUCAUUCACUUAUCGAUCAAGAGUGCCUUCAAAAAAAGAUAAAAGAAUGGACAGAUUCAGAUCCAACCACUAAAAUAUACUUUAGACCUAAAGGCACUAAUACUUCGAGUGAUGAAAUUAGUGAAACUGUAAAUGACUCAGAAGAAAGCGCUUCAGAUGAAGAUAUUCAGAAAAAUGUGAAACUUCCUUCAGAGAAAGAAAUGCCACUUCUAUUUGUUUACCAGAAUGGUUGGCAAAAAAGUUUGUUAGAAAAAUAUGGAAGCGAAAUGAUAUUACUCGAUGCUACAUACCGUACGACACGCUAUGCCCUUCCUCUAUUUUUCCUGGUUGUUAAAACAAACGUAAACUAUCAGAUUGUGGGUAUAUUUGUUACCGAAUUUGAAACAGAAGAAUGCAUUACCGAGGCAUUGACAACUCUCAAAUCUUGGAACAGUGACCUAAAACCAAAAUAUGCCAUGUCAGAUUAUUGCAUAGAAGAGAUUAAAAGUCUAGAAAAAGUGUUUGAAGGUACACACAAUUAUUUUGUCAGAGCAACGUGGUGUACCGUAUUUAUAUGUGAUUUUCAUCGGGAGCAGGCAUGGGAUUGUGGCCUGAAAAAGAAGGUGAAUGGCUGCUCCGCUGACAGACUAAAAAUAUUAACCUUACUAAGACUGAUUGCGCGCUCUGAGACCCUCUGCUCAUGUGAAAACGCGAUAGAAAAUUUGAAGAAGUCUUCAUUCUGGUCUGAACAAGAAGGACUUAGACACUACAUCUCUAAAAUUAUUACUAUUCAUGUUAUGUUACUAUUACUAUUAAUGUUAUGUUUCGUUUUAUGGCGUUGGGUAGUGGCGUUUAGACAAAAUCGGUUUUUGGUUGACUGCAAUACUAAUAAUGGUGUGGAACGACAGAACAGUCUCUUGAAGCAUAACUAUUUAUCAAAUCAUCGUCACAGCUCUUUGACUGGCAUGCUCACUGUGGUGAUUGAGGAUUUUCUGCCAGAUAAAUACGAGAGAUUUGUAAAAAUAUUUCUUAACAGCUAUUCGAAUCAGAAUCAAAUGAUGAGUUCUCAAUACAUGCCAUAUGCGGAUGACAUUGAUGAAUGGUUGAAAGAUCGCCCUCGUGGCAUGAUUAAGCAUUGUUUAUUGAGAAAAUCUUUGGGUGAACAGUUGGACUCAACCGGUAUAAAAAUCAUAGAGAAUGGCAAAUUUUCUAUAAAAUAUUACAAGGAUGGUAGAGAUGAACGCAAUUAUGAAGUAAAUUUUGGUGAUGACAAACAUAUGCCAAGUUGUUCAUGCCCCGAUCGGAAAUCAUCUGCGUAUCCUUGUAAACAUUUUUUUGCUGUAUUUAAGAAAUUUUCGUGUUGGGGAUGGGAGUCUAUGUCCAGCUUGUACAGAAAUUCUCCGUUCUUAAAUCUUGAUUCGGAAUUUCUUCUGACUCAGAGGAAAGAAUCAACAAAGAAGGAAAAUGAUUUGGUGAACGUUAAAAUUUCUUCACCCGCUGAUGUUGUCGAUGCCGCAAAAUUAUUGGAAUUGCCAAGUAGAAUGGUCUUAAAGAGAAAAAAUGUUAACGGAGAGACCAUAAGGAGUUUAUUAAACGAGAUCCGUAGUCUUAGUUUUUUAACAGAAAACAACAGCACACUUACUGCAUCAAUUCAUGCAGAACUUACAGAAAUUGUAAGAAAAAUGAAGGACGAUGUUCCAAAAGAAAGUGGCGUUCCCUUGCUGCCAAAGAAACAGCAAAAGUUAGAUGUGAAAUCAUAUAAGAAAACUUCAUAUAAAUAUAUGUCACUUCCGAAAUUAAAAAACAAAAAUCUAUUGUUGAAGCGAGUUGGUAUGAAAAAAGAAGAAUCAGUAAAAGCAUCUCAACUCAAAAUCGCGGUUGAAAAUGUUGAGAAAAACGAAAAGAUUGAAGUUGAGCAGGUGAUACAUGACAACAACAGCUAUGAUGAACCUUCGUUUCAUGCACCCGUAAUUGUUGUGAGUGAUGAUGAAGACGAUAACGCCACUACUGAAAAGAAUCUUGAAAAUGAUGUUGCACCAUUUGCAAGAACUGUUCUCUCACAUAAUGACUUGAAGGACAUUUCUGGAAAAAGAAUGCUUAAUGAUAACGUGAUAAACGUGUUUCAAAAUAUUAUUAAACGAAAGUUUCCAAAUGUGGGUGGACUCCAAGACACAGUGCUAGGUCAAACGCUUAAUUUCCGCAUAUAUCGUAGCAUGCCAUUUGUACAGGUAUUGCAUGAUGGAAAUCUUCACUGGAUUACUAUUUCAACAUAUGGAUGCAAACCAGGUGAGGUUCAUAUGAUGGACAGCAUGUUUCGUGGAAAGGUUUCUGAUCACACCAAAACCCAAAUAUGCUCAAUUAUUAAUUGUUGUGAGGAUCAACUAAAAGUUAAAGUAAUUCCCGUUCAGCAACAAAAGAACAGGGUUGACUGUGGGGUUUUUGCAGUAGCAUUUGCAUACCACACUGUCGCGACCAAAAAACUUCCUACAGAUAUCAAUUUUGAAACAUCAAAAAUGAGAAACCAUAUGCUGCAAUGUUUAGCUGCAAAUCAAAUCACCAAGUUUCCUCAAUGUGAUAGCCACAUAAUAGCUCGAAGAUGUGCGUCCAAGGAAAUAUCCAUCGACCUCUACUGCAGUUGCCGAAUGCCAUGGAAAGCCGCAGAGAGCUAUAUUUUAGACAAGCAAAUGGCUGAAUGUAGUAACUGUGGAGGAUGGUUUCAUAGAAUUGUGUGAACGGAUACCGGACUCUGUAUUUGAAGUGGAAAAUUGUAAAAGUCUAUGGUAUUGUUAUUGUUGUUCCACUAAUAUAAGUAAAAAAGACGGUUGAUGGUAACUUAAAAAUAAAACAUAGUCUUCGCUAAGUUGUUGUGUAUCCCGCGUAAGUCCAAGCUUAAGAGCCUUGGGGAUGAGGUGAAGGGGCGCAGGAAGCUUAAUUUAGCCCAGUAAAAUCGGGUUUCUACAAAAAAUCCCGUGUACUUUUGGCUACUGUUAUUUAUUGCUAACCGUUUUGCAAAACAUUAAUUUGGAGUUUCAAACAUAUCAAGAGGAACGGUAACCGAUUGUUUUGGGCAAGAAACUUUGGUCUGUGAAGAACUUCGACACAAAGCAUCACAGAAAGCCACGAUAUCAGGUUCUGACAAUCUGAGACCCUAUUGGCUAAAAAAUCAAAUAACGCAUUUCUAUUGGCUUUUAAGAAAUUAAACAACUUCCAGGCCCAGGGUAAAAUACUUUAUUCUGGACACCGCGCGUCCAGGCUAUAGGUGGUCCCCAUCUCUCUAUCUUCCAAGGCGAUUUUAAAGAUUCCGCCUUACGCGGCGGAAAUCAAAAAGAGGCAAAUAUUUAUAGAAUCUCACACUAGCUCGAUAGGUGGUCAUUCGCGUGAAAUAAAAACCGUCGACAAAAUAAUAAAAAAAGUAUUACUGGCCUGGGAUGUGCGGUAAUAUAAAAUCUUGGGUAAGUUUUAUAUUUACAAUAAAGGGUGGGAUGUUGUGAUCAAAAUUGUAAAAUCACCUUUUUUGUAAAAGUGAAUUAACCUUGCAAAGGUUAUACUUUCCCUAGUUAUCAGUACUUUUGACUGAGUAAUAUAUCCUUUUCUUUCGUAGGUUAAACGAUGUGUCACUUGCCAACAACAUGGGUCAUUGCCAUCAUUAACAAAGGAAAUGACGCCUGCUAAUGUUUGAUUUUUUCUUUUAGUCUUUUCUACAAAAAGAAAUUGAUGUUUGUCAUGCUUUGUGUAUUAAUGUUAUUAUUUAGACGAGCCAGGUGUGGAAAUUGAUGAGUAUAGACUUUGUUGGGCCAUAGCAAGAAACCAAACGAGGAAACAAGUACAUACGUACUUGCACAGAUUUGUUUUCGAAAUGGCCUCUUGCAUACGCGUUGCCAAAUAACAAUGCUGAAACAGUGACCAUUAGCAUGCUAAGAGUUUUAACCACAUUUGGUAUACUAAAAGCCAUACUCUCAGAUAAUGGGAGUGAAUUUAACAACAAGGUAAGAAUCUGAAAAUAUAAAAGUUAGUAUUGUUUACAAAAUUUGUUCCGUUGUUUCCAUGAUCCUCAUAUUUAAUCCUUAUUUAGUUAAACGACGAAAUUUAUGUACGAAUUCAAAGGAGGAAAACAGCGGUUUAUCAUCCACAGUGAAACGGACAGGAUGAAAACACAAACUUUAAAAAGGUAGAUUCUUUGUUUUCUAUAUGUUACCCCUUGCAUUUGAGUUCCGUAACAUAUUUCGCAUGCUUAUCUUUUUUUUUUAUUUUUUUUUUAUUAUAUAAUAUAAUAUACAAAUUAUGCUAGCCAAAAACAAACAAAAAGUAAAAAUAAAAUAUUCAACGGUAUGUUGCGUUCUCGUUCACACGUCAAUUCUACCAACUGAUUGGGAUAUAAGGAUAUGUUUGAUGAAUCAGUUGGCAUAACAUUCCUUUUCAAAGUUCUCGA